AUGGAUAGCUGGAGAGUCGCUGUUCUGGGUGAUGGUGGUGUAGGUAAAACUGCUUUGGCUGUUCAGUUUACUCUGAAUUGUUUCGUCGGUAAGUUAUCCGCUAUUACCUAUGACCCCACAAUAGAAGACGCGUAUAGGAAGCAAUUAAUUGUGGACAACAAGAUGUGCUUUGUGGAAGUUAUUGACACUGCCGGUCAAGAGGAAUACGCAACUCUCCGUGAUCAAUGGGUGAGAGAGGGCCAAGGUUUUAUUCUUGUGUACUCGAUUGCUUCACGAUCCACCUUCGAACGGCUUGAAGUUUUCCGACAGUCAAUGCUCAAAGUUAAACGGCAAAAACCAAUUUUCAUGUUGGUGGGAAACAAAUGUGACAAGACAUAUGAGCGUGAGGUAUCGCGCGAAGAGGGCAUAGCGCUGGCACGAUCAUUUGGAUGCGAAUUCAUGGAGACAUCGGCCCGGACGGCGUACAAUGUGGAGCUUCUCUUCACCAACCUUGUCCGUGCGCUGCGGCAGACUAAACGACUGGAGACCGGCCCCGGUGGCAAGCAGGACAAGCCUCUGAAGGAUCCGAAGAAGCCCAAAUGCGUAGUGAUGUGA